AUGGACAACACAGAGGAUGAAGGCAAGGUCGGGUUCCUGUGGGAGCUAGAGGGCGCCGCCGAGCGGCUCCAGCUGGUACGCGCGGACCUGAUGGUGGAGGGGAGCUUCGACGACGCCGUGAGCGGCGUGGACGGCGUCUUCCACACGGCCUCCCCCGUGGUGGUCGUCGGCAGCGGCGGCGGCGGCAAGGACGGCAAAGACGUCCAGGAGACGCUGGUGGAGCCGAUCGUGAAGGGCGCGGCGAACGUGCUGCGGUCGUGCGCCCGGGCGCCCGAGCGCGCGCGGCGCGUGGUGUUCACCUCCUCCUGCUCCUGCGUCCGCUACUGCCACGCCGCCACGCUCAACGAGUCGCACUGGACGGACGCCGACUACUGCAAGUCGCACAACCUGUGGUACGCGUACGCGAAGACGGUGGCGGAGAAGGAGGCGUGGCGGCUGGCCAAGGAGCACGGCAUCGACCUGGUGGUGGUGAACCCGUCGUUCGUGAUCGGCCCGGAGCUGGGGCCGAGGCCCACCAGCACCAUACUCAUCGUCCUCGCCAUGCUCAAAGGGGAGCUUGGCAAGUACCCAAACACGACGAUCGGGUUCGUGCACGUGGACGACGUGGUGCUGUGCCACGUCCUGGCCAUGGAGGACGCCAGGGCGUCCGGGCGGCUCAUCUGCUCCUGCGACGUGGCGCACUGGUCCGAGAUCCUCGAGUCGCUGAGGGAGCGGUACCCGCAGUACCCGAUCCCCACGGAGUGCAGCAGCCAGAAAGGGGACGACAGGCCGCACAGGAUGGACACCAGCAAGGUCAAGGCGCUCGGCUUCCCUCCCUUCCUCUCCGUGCAGCAGAUGUUCGACGACUGCAUCAAGAGCUUCCAGGACAAGGGCCUUCUCCAAUGA